GAGUGAAGUUAAUACAUUACAGUUUUGAGGUGUUCAAAAAAUGUUAAAAACCUCUAGAGAUGAAACAAAAGUUAAUGUCAAACAAUUAUAGGUCACCAUAGGAACAAAACGGUGAUAAAUGGGAAAGGAAUAGAGAAAACUAAAAGGCAGAGUUAGAAGAGAAAUAGCAGAUAUUCAGAAUUGUGAACUGAGAUGAAGAGACUGGUAAUUAUCCUGGCAACUGGACUGUUGCUGCCCUUCAUUACAGCAGAUUCUGCUACUGUCGAUUUUGAUGAGGCAUUCGCCAAGCUCUGUGGUCGUAAUUUUGUUAUUCAACUAGUGCGUAUUUGCAGGAGCAAUGCCUUGAGGUCACAUCAUUCUGCAAAUAAUCACUUCAGAAAGAUGAAAACUGCAUUGUUACUAAUUGUACUAGGAGCUCAUUUACCCUUGGUGACAGCUAUUUUUAUGGUCACAGCCCCCAGAUCAUCCUACAUUGCAUCCUACGGGAAUAACAUUACACUGGAAUGUCAGUUUCCAGUUGAAUCCAACUUUAAUGCAAACCAAAUAAAGGUAUACUGGCAUUACGUGCUGGGUGAUGGAACUUCCCGACUAGUUUAUCAAUUAAUUAAUGGAGAACCAGCUCUUCAGGCCCAACCUCGGGAAUACCGAGAACGAGCUUUUCUGUUGUUGGAUGAACUCCAAAGAGGUCGUGCAGUGCUGGAGAUUAACCAAGUCAAAGUUUCUGACGCAGGGACCUACCGCUGUCUUAUUGAUCUCAAUGGAGUGGAUUAUAAAGAGACUGAACUGGAAGUCACAGCUUCUUACAAAAACAUAGAGACCAUCAAAACAAAAGAAACAAAAGAGACAGAGUUUGUCUGUCAAUCUGUAGGAUAUCCUUUGGCUGAGGUUAUCUGGUAUUAUGCGAAUGGAUCUGACAUUAAUGAAACAGCAAAUACCACCCACUUUACUGGCUCUGAUGGACUGUACAAUGUCAGAAGUGUACUAAGAAUAGAGGCAAAGAGUAAUGAUGCUUAUUUGUGUAUGUUCUGGAAUAAGGAGCUUAACAUGAAUACUUCAGCAAUCUUACACAUUAAAGAAGUGGAAGAGGCAGGUGACAUUUUUAAUUUCCCCUCAAUGAAGAGGAGUUAUCUCAUUGCAACAAUUGUUGUUCCUGCAACAAUUUUACUUGGAUUCAUUAUGAUUGUAUCCUGCAUCCUAAAAUCAAGACAAAGUGAGCAAGGGAACGAAAAAACCUGUGAAACCAGCUUAUUAUUAUGAGGCUUUCACUGUCAAAAUUGGGAAGAAUGCUUUCAAACCCUAAAGCAUGUGAUUUUUGCUUUUGGAAGCUGAGAAUUGUGUCUAUUUCUACAAGACCAGCUGAUUGUUGAAUAGCACACAAAGUCUCAUCUUUUUGUUGGCGAUGCAGAGAAAAUGCAACUUUAAAAAUUAUCCAUCAACCGCUUAACUUGCCAGGAUUCUACUCAUUAAGUACAUUGACUGAACUGCUCUUCAGGUGCAUUGUGUGAAACUACAGUUUUUGAAUUUGAGUCUGGCAGUAUGGUGACAGAAUUGGUUGCACAAUUCUCUGAAAUUGAUAUCUUACCUGUGGAAUUGGAUCUAGAUACAAUGCUCUUUGGAGUGGAUUCCAGCAGCUUCACAAAAUAGGCCUUCUGUAUGGGCUGAUUUUUCUCCUAAUAAACUACCACUGUGCCUGGAAAUAUGAGAAGAAGUAAAAGUUCUGCAACAUUAUUAAAAUUCAACUCAACUUUACUUACAAGACAAAAAUCCCAUUAGAAUCAUGUCAUCAACAGCCAAAGAUUCUUGAAACCAGACAGCUGGGAAAGUUUAUUUUGUAGGGAUUUAUGAAAGGGGAAUUUAUUGCUAAUAGAUGGUUGAAGCCACAUCCAGUUGCAGCACUUGAGAUUUAUUUUAUCAGUGUGACCCUGUUCAGAAUCUGAGGAAUAUCUCUAUCACAAACCAGUGGUGUUUUAAGCUUCUGCAUUGGAUUGUGUUGGGGCUUUUUGUAAGCAUUUUGCUCAUGCACAACAGGAAGAAAAAGAGGAGCAGAAAAAUUCCAAUCUGAAUGCUUGGAUCUGAUACAAUAUCUUCAAAAUCUCUGAAGUUGUCCAUCAAAUUUGAAUGCGUUUCAUGUAUCUACCUUCAGAUUUUUAUUACUCUUUCUCCCUUCCAAAGUUCUGUGACCAUUCUCAGCCUGGGACUUUGAGAUCAGUAACCUUUCAAUCUUAGUUAGGGCCCCAGUGAAGUUAUGGGUGUUGUACCUUUUUCAGAAGCUUCUCCCCUCCCUCCAGUGAACAUCAAAAAUAUUUAUCUGCUCAACUGCUAAACCUGACAAUCAUUGUAAAUCACUCUCUCAAGCAGGGAGAGGCUUCAGGAGAAGACGCAGAGCCAAAGUUUGAAAGAGAACAAAAAUGCCUGAUAUUUGGCCACAAUUUGAGUUCUCAAUGAAUGAAACUUCAGAAUUGUGAACUUGAAAUCUGACUGUUCUGGCAGAAGUAGAGUGAAACUGAAUGUUUAAAGAGUAGCAACCUAGUUUCAUGUAUUGGAAUACCAUGUAAACUUUUUGAAAAUGUAUGUGUUCUAAAGACAUGUAGAAUGAAGUAAACUAAUGUAUGGUAACAUGUAGGCAUAUUAUUUUGCCAGACUGCAAAUUUGUUUUUUUUAAACUGUUUUUAUCAAGUUUCAUAAUUUCAGUUAUAUCAAAAUGGAGUUGUUUAUUUUGCCAGUGUUCUUUAUAUGAUUGAUGAUUUCCUGCCUAGAAAAAGUUAGGCAAGAUUUUUUUAAAAAGUUUAGCUAACUUGCCUCAAUUC